AUGGUUUCGUUCCUUACUACUUUUGCUGCUGCCGCUCUUUCCUUUGCAUGCGCCCGCGCUGCGCCGCUUGACGGCCUCAGUCAGCGUGCGCGCGAUAUCCUGGGUCGUGCUGCCCCUGCAGCUCCUCGUUUUGUUGUGUAUGGAGACACGACGGCGACCCCCUCUGCUGGUCCCCCAGCUGUAGACGAGAUCAAGGGCUUCGACGUCUACGCGAUGUCCUUCCUCCUUCUCGCCGGCGCAUGGGACAAGGCCUAUGAAUGGACCUCCCUCACCGCCGACGAGCGCACCACCAUCAAGUCUGAGUACGCUGACGCAGGCAUCAAGCUGAUUGUCGCCGUCUUUGGUGCUACCGACGUGCCCACCACUACUGGCGCCGACCCCGUCGCCACCGCCCAGAACAUCUCUUCCUGGGUCAAGGAGUACGGUCUCGACGGUGUGGACGUGGAUUACGAGGACUUCGGUGCCUUCGACAAGGGUGACGGCUCCGGCGAGAACUGGCUCAUCGACUUUACGACGCAGCUGCGCUCGGACCUGCCUGCCGGCGACUACAUUAUCACUCAUGCGCCCGUCGCACCCUGGUUCAGCCCUUCCAAGUGGGGCGGCGGAGGCUACCUCGCCGUCAACGAGAAGGUCGGCGACCUCAUCGACUGGUACAAUAUCCAGUUCUACAACCAGGGCACCACCGAAUACACCACCUGCGACUCCCUCCUCAACACUUCCUCCUCCACCUGGCCCGAGUCCGCCCUGUUCGAGAUCAUCGCCAACGGCGUCGACGCGGACAAGCUCGUCAUCGGGAAGCCCGCGACCUCGGGCGACGCCAACAACGGGUACAUCGCGCCCGAGACGCUCGCGGAGUGCCUGCAGACGGCGAAGGCCGCGGGCUGGAGCGCGGGCGCGAUGUCGUGGCAGACUUCGGUAAUGGAAGAGCUGACGGACUUUCUGUAG